GGAGCAAGAGCAGGAAGAAGAGAGAAGUUUCGGCCCAAACUGGACCCUUCCGCAGCAAGCAAAGGAUGACAGAUGCCGUGCAAGGGGCCCUGGAGCAGGUCCUGCGACAGCAGCAGGCCUCCUUCACAUCCAUGGAGGCCUUGAAGGAUCAACACCGGCUGUGGCAAUCUGCGGUGGAGGAGCUGCUCACUCAAGUGAACUCCCCACCGGGCGCCUUGCCCAUCCGCCUGGCCGUCGAGCCCGAAGCUCCGGAGCCCGAAUCUCCGGAGCCCGAAGCUCCGGAGCCCGAAGCUUUGGAGCAGACGUCGGAGACGUCUCGCGCCGCCGAACCCCCCGCACUCGCGGAGUCGCCACGCGGCGCGUCCCGGGUGCAGAGUGUGCGGAGCAGGGACUCGCCAUCGCGGAUGCGGCUGCAGACCCUCCGGAAGUCGAUGCGGGGUCGGAUGCCCAAGCUGCUGGAAGAGGUCUUGUUCGACACCGCCACUUCAGUCUACGUGCAAACCUCAUGGUGGGAAGCAAAGCGGAGGGGCUUAGAGAAGAUAGUGGACUCCAGGCUUUUUGAGUUUUGCACCGGCCUCAUCAUUGCGGCAAAUAUUGCCUUGAUUGGUGUGGAAGCUGAGAUGUCACUGUUGGGCCAUAACACUUCAUGGGCCACCACCAGUGAGCAAAUCUUCCUCACCAUCUACACUGUGGAACUGUUUUUGCGCGCGGUGGUUGGCCGCUGGUCCGUGUUUCGCAGCAAUUGGUUCUUGUUGGACCUGGUGCUGGUGGUUGUGGGCUUGCUGGCGCUGGUGGUGAUCCCUAUCUUUGAGCGCUCGGAAAAUGCUCAAAAGGGUUGGGAGCAGAUUUUGAUCAUUCGAGGUCUCCGACUCCUGCGCCUAGCACGCGUCUUGCGCAUGGUGUGGCGGUUCAAGGUGAUUUGGCGCUUGGUCUCUGGACUGCUGACCGCCUGGGAUACUAUGGUGUCCACCACCAUUUUGAUCUCCAUUUGGCUGUACAUCUUCGGCUGCGUGGCAAUCGAGGUGAUUACGGCGGACACAGAUCUCCAGAGCAACAGCGACACUGCGCAAAUCGUGGACUACUACUUCUCCAGCCUUCCACGAGCCACCCUGACCUUGUUACAGUUUGUAACGAUGGAUGCCAUUGCCAACGUCUACUAUCCGCUGGUCGUUUCAAAACCGGUCCUGAUCAUCUACUUCCUCCCGCUGCUGAUGUUUCUUUCGAUUGCGUUGAUGAACUUGAUCACAGCAGUUUUGGUGGAGCACGCGUUGGAGCAUGCAUCACAAGAGGCAGAACUGGCACGGCUCAAGAAAAAGCAAGAGAUCAAGGCGACGUUGCCUGACUUGCUGGAGGUGUUUUGCACACUUGACGUGGAUUCCAGCGGCUGUUUGACACGGCAAGAGAUCACCAAUGUGCCCCUGACGGUACUUCCACCGAAGGUCUUGGAGAACGUCUCCGUGGAGAGCAUGGAAGACCUCUUUGAAAUGUUGGAUGUAGAUGGUGGGGGCAGCCUCACUCAGGCUGAGUUUCUAGAAGGCUUGCUGAGCCUCUUGCUGUUGGAUACUCCGAUUUGGGCCAUUCAAAUGCAGAGGCUGUUGAUGCCGGUGCGGAAGCUCUCGAUCCAGAUGUCCAAAGAUCUGAAGUUUGUCAAAGAGUUUCACGAAUACAUUCCUGUGUGAAUGGAAGAAGGAUGUCAUUUGACGUCCUGUUUGUGUUUUUUCACUCAAACUGGUCCAGUGCUCACCCCAUGCCAUGAUGUUCUC